UGAUAUUUAGAUAAUCUAUGAUGAAUAGUACGAAUAUGAACCAGAAAACUGAUUGAGGCAUAAAAGAUGUAGAGAGACUGAAUGAUGAGUGGGAUUUUAAACCUUUGAAAUUAAAAAUUCCUGGAAGCAUGGAGAUUGGUGAUAACACCCAGAAAAGGGAAGAAUCAAUCUCCUUAUCGUCUGAUGAUUCAUCAAAUUCAAAAAAUAAUCAAAAACAGCUAACAGCUGAAAAUUUAAAUCCCAAAGCAGAAAAGGAUGAAAAAUGACUCCCAAAAGCCCAGAAUUCUCUAAAAUCAAAAGAAGAAGCAAUUUAACGAGAGUUCACCUAGCCUCAAGUGUACUGACCACAAAUUAGAUUCCAAGAAUAAUGGUGGAACAAAUGAAGACAGUUCAAAUAAUCCAAGUCAGACACAAUACGUUGCAAACAGUGGGUCCCAGAAACUUAUGUACAACGACCAAAAUGAUCCAAAUACUAAAGCUGAGAAUCCUUACAACGAUGAAAUUAGGUUAGACGACAGCAAUGAGCUAACCACAGAGCCUGAUACCUCCUUUCUAGCAGUGACCAAGGGAAGAAGAUGCCUCUGAAGGUUCCAAGAAAGUCGUAGAAUCUACUGGGACCUCUUCAUCAUGCUCUUGGCUAUAUUCAAUUGUAUCCAGGUGCCAUAUACCAUAGCUUUUCUGGAAGAUGCAGGUGACACUGUCUUGGUCUUUAUCCUCGAUCAAAUAAUUGAUUCUAUUUUCAUCGCAGAUUUAGUAAUAAGUUUCCGAACUACCUAUAUCAACGAAGAGACAGGCAUUGAGGUCCAUGAUCCAAAGCAUAUAGCUAUAAAUUACCUCAAAGGGAGAUUUUGGCUGGAUUUACUUGCAUCGAUACCUACAGACCUGAUUUCACUCAUCGUUCCAGGUAGCAGCAAUGCAACAUUUAUACUGAACAUGUUUAAUCUGUUAAAACUCAUGAGAGUAGCCCGUCUCUCAAGAUUGAUAGCCUAUCUGAAUCUGAAAUCUGAUAUUAAGAUGGCAAUCAGGCUGAUUAAGCUAGUUUUCUUCCUAACCCUCUAUCUGCACUGAGUAUCGUGCUUAUGGUUCUUCAUUGUCAGGCAGAACAACGUGUGGAUACCCCCACUUGAUGAGAACUAUUCUAAUCCACUAAUUUAUGAGAGGCAUCACUUUUACCAAUACUUGACCUCUUUUUAUUAUGCUGUGCUAAUGCUGGCAGGAAAUGACAUGGCACCACAAGGCACGGCGCAGCUGAUCUUCUCAACGAUUUUUAUCUUAGCUGCAUCCAUCAUCAAUGCAAAUAUUUUUGGUAACAUGGCUGUCAUCCUUCAACAAAUGAACAGGAGAAACUCAGCCUUCCAUGAAAAGGUGGAGAUUGCUACUUCAACCAUGAGAAAUAUGUCAAUCCCUGAGCCUCUCCAAGAUAAGGUUCAGGCAUACUUGAUCAGCACUCAGUCGACCUUGGAUCAGCAGAAGGAAUUCGAUGACUUUUUACAGCUGUUAUCACCAAGUCUUCGAAGCGAAGUCACAAAGCAUAUCUUCCAGAAAUGCAUCAUUGGAAAUCCCAUAUUUGAAGAAAAGGGAGAAAUCAUUGAAAUCGUUCUGUAUGACUUGACCACUCUCCUUUUUCUCCCAGAGGACGAGAUCUGCCGACAAGGUACAGCUGGCAGCAAGUUUUACUUUCUUGCCAAAGGAGAUUGCCAGGUAUUUAUUAAAGACGAAAAUCUGAACAUUAAACAAAUACAUACUCUUGUUCCAGGUAGCUACUUUGGAGAAGUAGCCCUACUCAAGGAGUGCUACCGAACAGCCACUGUUAAGUCUAAGAAUUACACCACUUGAGCUUCGCUGGACAAAAAGAUUUUUGAUAAGUUAAUUGCUGGAUACCCUUUCCUGCGGACAGCCAUGGAGAAACGGAUUAAAGAGAGCUACCAAGAUAGAUGGCGGAAGUUCGUCAAAAGAUCACUAUUAAAUAUCGACUUCCUCUCUAAUGGUGUCUCAGAAGAAGUCAUAGAAGAGAUUUCUUACAAGAUGGAGGUGAUCAGCCUUCAUGCAAAGGAUCACCUGUUCCACAGCGGAGACCCUUGCAGAGAGAUCUUUAUUGUUUGUAAUGGCAAGUUAGAAAUAAAGAUAUCGAGCAAGACCAUAUCUUCAGGAACUUACCUCGAAACUCUGACUUCUGGAUGAACCAUUGGAAGUUACUCAAGCCUAGCCUACGAGAAUUAUACCAUCACUGGAAUUGCUCGGACCGAUGUCUCUGUGAUCAAGCUUGACUUUGCCAUCCUCGAAAUCUUGAGAACAAAAUAUGAAGACCUUGACUAUAAAAUGACUGAACAUGAAAAAUUUGUUGAAGACAAUGGCAUUCCCAACUGUGAUUUUAAACUUUAUCAUGAAAAGCAGAAAAAUGUGCGACCAGCAGCAAGAUUUAGAGGAGCUGUUAAAAGACUCAUGCGUAUACUCCAGUCCUGCAAAAGUAGCAUUUUUACAGACAUUCUCAGAAAUAUUCAAGAACAAAUGCAAGAGGAAAGACGUGAAAAGGAAAAGAAGCAGUGGAAGAAGGCACUUAACUCGAAACCUCAAACUCAUGAGCAAAGAGUAGAGCAUUUGCUCACUGUCCUCACAACCCAAGUCAGCACCCUGACUGAAAAGGUUAACUACCUCCAAGAAAGAGAGGCUCAAUGCACUUGAGGAGCCCAUGAAAAAGUAGAGAGUUCCAAGAAGCUAGAGUCAAUUCAUGAGCAGAGGAGAUCUCUUCAGAUUGGUGAAGACUUUCCCUCUCAAUCCCAUGGAAUUCGGGAGAAUUCAAAGUUCAGGAGUAUAUCUGCAUUGGAAACAGAAGACAAGCCACCAGCUACAAAAGUUUUCAGUUCUCACUCAAAUUUACGAAGGAAAACAACGAUACGGCAAGCUUUAAACUUAGGACCCCAAGAAUCAAACAACAACGAGGACACAUCGAUAAAGAACAGUUUGGCAGAGAAGGCUAAGAAGAAUCAGAGUGUUAAAAAUCUCAUCCAAAUACGCUCAUCUGUAUCUAUAGAUGAAGAUUCCAAAUCCAACGACCACCAGGAAAUCUGGUCUGAGAGGGACAACCCUCUUCGAGGCGAGACUGAUCAGGCAAAAGCUAGGAAAGUGGCAGGUCCUCCCUUCAAGCAGAUAAAAGAGUUUACUGACCACAACGAAGAUGAUUGGUCUGACUAAGAUUUAUUCCUAAUAUUUUCCUGCUUAUUAUAUUUUA